AGCAAUGAAAAUGUAGCUGCCGUUCUUGGAGGUCAAAGGUGUGCCGUUGGCGGAUCUGCGGAGUUCCCGGCGUCUCUCCGGAAGGCGCAGAAACUAUUGCGUGAUGCAGUCAAGGACAAGGAUAGUGGUGUGCAGAUCAGCGGAGGUUUAGGAAUAGAUAGUGAAAUAGGCGGACUCAUUAAUUUGUCUAACUUACUCUGCUGACGAUGGAUGAAGUAGGAUUGAAAAAGACAGUAGUAACGAACACGAUGGCGUUUAGCGGUGCAGGCAGCGGCAAAACUACAAUUACCGGUACUAUCAUGGUGGAAUACCGGAGGGUUAAAGAUUUGAUGCGGAAGGCCGACAAUCGUGGUAUUGUCCUUGCGUCGCCACUGUUUGCUGAGCGGCAAUACCUGGACUUGCUGCGUGGUCAUGCACAGGAACAGAACGGCACCUUCUGCAAAGGUCUCUUUGAGCUACUGGCAACCCUGGUCACUGAUGAUGAAUCAGCUACGUUUCAAUUUCGCCUGACGCAAGAGGAUAUCUCGGAAGCUGUGAAGGUGCUCACUAUGUACAAAACUGAACUGUCGGUGGUGGAUUCCGUUUGUAACUUCUUGGACAUCGCAUUGAAUCGGCCAUCACCCAGGGAUGAUGGCAAGCAGGUUCCCAUCGUGGAGCUAUGUCCGGGAAGGGAGUGUAUCGAGAUAUGCAGGAGCUUUGUAAACAUGAUGGAGCACGUCGACAGGACCAAGCUGAAGAACAACGCCAUCAAACGUUUCACAACGCUCAUCCUGCACAUGCGCGGCAUCAUCCAAGAAACCGGAGCAAUGCAAGCGAUCACCGAGUUGAACAUUGACGUGUCGCUGUCCAAAGUCCUGUGUUACUUGGAGCCCUCCCGGAAUCUUGUCGAAGUCUGCGCCAAGCUGCUCAAGUUCUUCGUCACAGAUGAUACCUUGAGGCAUGCGCGUCGCCAGGGAGUGUCAGCCGCAACCGUGCAUGAACGAGCAGACGCUGCCCUUGCCACCUGUGUUGAGGGUGAGGACGAACAGUGGGCGGACAAUCCUCAAAUGAGAACAGCAGUGCGAGAGCUGCUAUCUGCACUUGGUUACGUCCCUGCCUCCUCUCUAGUUACUCCUGCGGCAGCUGAUUCCGCCGACGUGACUCUCACAGCUCCCACUUCUGCUGCUGCUGCUGCUGCUGCUGCUGCUGCUGCUGCCACCUCGACUUCUGCAACUGCUGCCCCUGCUGCGGUGUCUCCCGCAGCUGCACCUGCUGCCAUAGCAACGUCGUCUUCGGACUCGUCGGCUGGCACACAAUCUACAUCUUCUGGAGCAAAACGAGGUGCGGGUCCGUCCAACAAGACCAUGCAUGAAGCUACGAAUAGGACAUUCAGCAGCGGUUUGACCAGAGUACGCCGUAUCCGCAUCAUCCUCUGCGGUCAGUUGGGAACCGGCAAGACAAGCCUGGCGGAUUCUCUCAAGAACAAGCAGUUCGUGAACAGUAAGCCGAGUACACGGGUUCUCAAUGUUGAUCACAGCAAUGUGCUCAACGGCUCAGGAAACCUGAAGGAUUGGGACUUCAACGCUGCAUUCCUCUGUGCUCCUGACAUACUUGACCAUGCUGAAGAUCUUGAGAAGAAACGCCAGCAAGAGCACGAGCAGCAACAGCAACCGGCUGGGUCUACAGAUCAUGAGGCAGCACCCAGCUCUGCUGAAUUGACACAGACCCUGAUCGAUGUCAUCUUGGCAAACCAAGAGCUGAUGCGAGACAUCGGCGAAGAAGAAGUGGUGGUGUCCAUUUGGGAUUGCGGCGGCCAAUCAAUCUUCUCAAGCCUGCAGCAUUUCCUAAUGGGUGAAGAUUAUGUCAUCUAUAUUCUCUGUUUCAACGCCUCAGAGAACUUCAAUGAGAUCAAGCAGCAGAACUACUGGAAGUGGUCAGGGAGUACAGUGUCUGAAGUGACUCUGGAUGUACCGGAGGAGCUGGAGAACAUCGACCACAUUCGGCACUGGCUAACAGCCAUCCACUUUGCCAGCAACCCAGGCAAGGCUGUGGGAAGCGAGGCGUUCGACUACCCGCCUGUGAUAUUGGUGGGGAACUUUGCCGACAAGCUGUCGACAGAUAGGACACUUUCGGAGCACAAGAUCGAUAUCCUCGAGAAGCUGCGAAACCUCUGUUGGCGGUCACCAACAUUGAAGGGUGUGAUCAAGACCGAUGACAUUGAUCCCGCAGAGUUGUUCCUUGUGGACAACCACGAAUCCGGAGCUUCUCCAGAAGUUCGAGGAAUCCAAAAGAAGCUGCAAGAUGCUGUUUCAUCGGUGCUGGCGGACAAGGAGAUUCCGACGGAAUGGGUUCGCUUUGAGAUGAUAAUGGAGUAUUUCAAGAAACAACCCACCCACACUGGCUACACAACACGAGACUCGAUGAAGACACUGGUGGAGAAGGCCUGCAAGAUCCGCGAUGACUUCGGCAUGGACGGUACUCCAUCCGAGUUUGAGCGUCUUCUUCGGUUCUACAACGACCUACGUGUCAUCAUCUAUCGGCCGGCAAACAAGAACUCGCCGCAGCCUGAUGACAUCAUCUUCUACAACACACAGUGGCUCAUCAGGCAGAUCAACGUCCUCGUCUUUGGCCACAAGUACUUGGAUGAACCUGGCGGAGGUGGUGGCAGGACUGCGAAUGAAGCCGAGACCAGGUAUCGCAAUGUUCUGUGGACAAAGGGAAUAGCAAAUCGGCAAUUAAUGGACUGUGCCUGGAAGGAGGUGAAACGAGAAGUCCGUGAAAAGAUGCUGGUCAUGUUGGUCGACUGGGAUUUCCUGUACAAAUUCGGAGACGCCCAGCAAGCAAAGUACUUCAUCCCGUCUGUUCUUCAACGUCGACCGCCGAAGAAAAUCGAGGAGGCCAUGCGCAGCUUCCAGCAGGGCAAUGAGCCAAACGACGUCUGCUUCUCCACAGCUGACACACCGUUACUGAUCAUGGUUCAGCCACCAGGCAAGGCUGAUGAAGACUUCCUAGGCUACAAGUAUCCCGUUGUGGACACACCGAUUCCACACAGCUCCUACUUCAAGCUACUUGUACGGCUCAUGAGAAAGUGGGAGAUUACAAAUACCGACCGGAGUCACUGUGAGCUCACCUACAACACAGCCAGGUUUCGGCUGUGGCUGCCGGAGCAGCUCCGUGACCAGUUCCCAGGCAAGGUGGAAAUCUUCUUGGCUCACUACGACUCGUCAGGUGCCCUGCUGGUCAGUAUCAACUUCCGGUGCUCGCCUGACUGUGCUGCUAGCGCCUCUAGCUGGCUGCGUCCGAUCUCAUCGAUAUGCCAGCAUAUCCGCAAGGAUAUCAUGGAGGAGUUGGGUAAGCUGGAGAACCCGAAACUGGACAAACCGGUCAUGUUCAGUUUACCACUACCGCCAGUGUGCGCAUGCAAAGAGCAGGAGUGGAAGGACUACAGCAGCGAAAGCCGGGACCUCGGAUACGCACCGUGGCGCGUACGCUACAGCGAAUCCGGUACUCAUCACGAUCCGUACUGUGCCGGUUGUUGUUCGGAGUACAGCAUACCCAACAACUCAAACUGCUGGUUCAAAGCUAGUAGUAGCUUCCAGCUCGAAGGACAGCAGAAUGAUAUAGCGAGGCAGCAAGUGGCACUCUGGAAGCUGAAAGCGGAGAUUGUCAGUGGGCAGUCACUUGCUACGGAAUGGAUUUGCUCCCACACUGCCGAGACUUCUGCAAUUGCUGCCAAUGCUGCGGCUUCCCCCGCAUCUGCGACUGCUUUCAUAGCAACGUCAUCGCCUAGCCAACCCAACGAGGGUUCUGCCACUCCAUCUGAAAAGGAUCACACGGCUACAGACUCGUCGGCUGGCACACGAUCUGCAUCUUUGGCAGCAAAACGAGGUACGGGUCCGUCCGACGAGGCCAUGCAUGAAGCUACGAAUAGCACACUGAGCAGCGGUUCGACCAGAGUACGCCGUAUCCGCAUCAGCCUCUGCGGUCAGUUUGGAACCGGCAAGACGAGCCUGGCGGAUUCGCUCAAGAACAAGCAGUUCGUGGACAAGAAGCCAAGUACACCGUUGCUCGUUGUUGAUCAUGGCAAUAUGCUCCAGGACGGAGGAAACCUGACAGAUUGGAAGUUCAAUGCUGCACUCCUCUGCGCUCCGGACAUCCUUGAUCAGGCUGAAGAUCUUGAGAAGAAAUACCAACAAGAGCAAGAACAGCAGCAACAGGAGCAAGAAGCUGCAAGACUGGCCGAGCCAGCGGCGAAAGUCCCAAAGCAAGCUAAGUCUACAGGACUCCAGCGUGAGGGAACAGCGACGAAAGAGGCAGCAGUAGAACAUCCACAGCGCCAAAAGCAGCAACACCCCAUCGUAGUGCCUGGACACCGAGAAAACGUGGAGGGGAGCUCUGCACCAAGACACAAGCAGUCAUCGAAGGAAACAUCAAAACUCACUGCAGAUCCAGAAGCAGCACUCAGCUCUGUUGAAUUGACACAGAGCCUGGUUGAUGUCAUCUUGGCGAACCAAGAGCUGAUGCGAGAAAUCCGCAAAGAAGAAGUGGUGGUGUCCAUUUGGGAUUGCGGCGGCCAAUCAGUCUUCUCAAGCCUGCAGCAUUUCCUAAUGGGUGAAGAUUACGUCAUCUAUAUUCUCUGUUUCAACGCCUCGGAGAACUUCGAUCACAUCAAGCAGCAGAACUACUGGAAGUUGUCAGGGAGUACAGUGUCUGAAGUGACUCUGGAUGUACCGGAGAAGCUGGAGAACAUCGACCACAUUCGGCACUGGCUAACAGCCAUCCACUUUGCCAGCAACCCAGGCAAGGCUGUGGGAAGCGAGGCGUUCGACUACCCGCCUGUGAUAUUGGUGGGGAACUUUGCCGACAAGCUGUCGACAGAUAGGACACUUUCGGAGCACAAGAUCGAUAUCCUCGAGAAGCUGCGAAAACUCUGUCGGCGGUCACCAACAUUGAAGGGUGUGAUCAAGACCGAUGACACUGAUCCCGCAGGGUUGUUCCUUGUGGACAACCACGAGUCCGGAGCUUCUCAAGAAGUUCUAGGUAUCCGAGAGAAGCUGCAGGAUGCUGUUUCAUCGGUGCUGGCAGACAAGGAGAUGCCGACGGAAUGGGUUCGCUUUGAGAUGAUACUGGAGUAUCUCAAGAAACAACCCGCCCACACUGGCUACACAACACGAGGAUGGAUGAAGACACUGGUGGAGAAGGCCUGCAAGAUCCAGGAUGACUCCGGCAUGGACGGUGCUCUAUCCGAGUUCGAGCGUCUUCUUCGGUUCUACAACGAACUACGUGUGAUUAUCUAUCGGCCGGCAAACAUGAACUUGCCGCAGCCUGGUGACAUCAUCUUCCACAACACACAGUGGCUCAUCAGGCAGAUCAACGUCCUCGUCUUUGGCCACAAGUACCUGGAUGAACCUGGCGGAGGUGACGGCAAGACGGAGAAGAAAGCAGGGACAGAAGAGACGGAGUGGCGCGGCUAUCUGUGGAAGGAGGGUAUAGCACGCAUGCCACUAAUAGAUUAUGCCUGGAACGAGGUGAAACCAGAAGUACGUGAAAAGAUGCUUGACGUGAUGGUCGACUGGGAUUUCCUGUACAAAUUAAGAGACGGCAAGCAAGCAAAGUAUUUCAUCCCGUCUGCUCUUCAACACCGACCGCCGAAGAAAAUCGAGGAGGCCAUGCAGCCGGACAAUGACCCAAACGACGUCUGCUUCUCCACGGCUGACACACCGUUGCUGAUCAUGGUUCAGCCACCAGGCAAGCCUGAUGAAGACGUCAUGGACUACAAGUAUCCCGCCCCGGACACACCGAUGCCACAUAGCUCCUACUUCAAGCUACUUGUACGGCUCAUGAGAAAGUGGAACAUCACAAAUACCGACCGGUUUCGCUGUGAGUUCACCUACAACACAGCCAGGUUUUUGUUGCCGAAGCAGCUCCGUGACCAGUUCCCAGGCAAGGUGGAAAUCUUCUUGGCUCACUACGACUCGUCAGGUGCCCUGUUGGUCAGCAUCAACUUCCGGUACUCACCUAAAGGUGCUGCUGGCUCUUCUGAUUGCUCGCCUGACUCUGUUGCCUUCGCCUCUGAUUGGCUGCAGCCGAUCUCAUCUAUAUGCCAGCUUAUCCGCAAGGAAAUCAUGGAGGAGUUGGGUAAGCUGGAGAACCCGAAACUGGACAAGCCAGUCAUGUUCAGUUUACAACUACCGCCAGUGUGCGCAUGCGAAGAGGAGUGGAAGGACUACAGCAGCGAAAGCCGGGACCUCGGAUAUGCACCGUGGCGAGUGCUCUACAGCGAAUCCGGUGCUGAGCACGAUCCGUACUGUGCCGGGUGUAAUUCGGAGUACAGCAUACCCAACAACUCAAACUGCUGGUUCGAAGGUAGUAGUAGCUUUCAGCUCGAAGGACAGCAGAAUGCUGUAGCGAGGAAGCAAGUGGCACUCUGGAAGAAGAAAGCGGAGAUUGCGUCAAAGGCGAAAAAGAAGAAGUACGAGUCUCUCGACCAACAGCUCUCUGACAUGACAGCAUGGGAGAGUGACGUCUUCACAGAACUUCUGCCUGACCUGGUUUCCACGCUAACUCCAGGUGAUAUGCGUCGCCAGUGUGAGGCUAAGAAGUUGAUUACGCGUGCACAGCGUCAGCUAUUUGCAUCAAACACUGGCCGUGCAGCGCAGAAUGAGGAAUUGCUCGAUGCACUAAGCACUGGUGAUGACGAAUCCUUCCACACCUUCCUUGAAUGCAUCCGUAAAGUCGAGCCACCAGCCAGCGCGAGAAGGUUAUUGGCCAAGUUGGAACCCGUCGACAAGUUCUGGGCAGCCGGGCAGUACUGCUGAGGCCGCAUUAGCGUCUGCAGGAGCAUCUGCUGCUGAUCCAGUGGGAUGGUGGUGAUGAUGAUGGCCAUGAUUGAUCAACACUGGAUCGCGGCGAGAAUCUGUUCUGUCUGUCUCUCUCUGAGCCUGUAAGUCCUUCUGUCUCUCUUCCUGUAAGUCCUUCUGUCUGUCUGCCUUCACGUCUUUCUGUCUGUUUUUCUGCUUCAACUCAGACUCUAGACUGAGCUCUCUCCUUCACUUGCUCUCACUCUCGCUUGUUCUCGCAAUCACCCAGUCUCUCGCUCCCACUCACUCAUUAAGUCGCGAUAUUCUUCUUUUGCCUGCUGCAUUCGCUAUCGUAAGCACUACUUCCUUUGAAUAUGCCUUUCUUCUUCUUCUUCUUCUUCUUCUUCUUCUUCUUCUUCUUCUUCUUCUUCUUCUUCUUCUUCUUCUUCUUCUUCUUCUUCUUCUUCUUCUUCUUCUUCUUCUUCUUCUUCUUCUUCUUCUUCUUCUUCUUCUUCUUCUUCUUCUUCUUCUUCUUCUUCUUCUUCUU